CCCGCCCUGCUUCCGGCGCGGCCCGGAGGGUUCGGCGGGUUGGGCAGGCUCCGCGCGGCGAGCGCGGGCGGCCAGCCGGGACCGGGGGGCGGCGGCGGCGGCGGCGGCGGUCCGGCCGGGUCCCCACUGCUCCCGGCCCCCGCCCCGGGCCCGCCGCCGGCGUCGCCAUGGGCAAGAAGCACAAGAAGCACAAGGCCGAGUGGCGCUCGUCCUACGAGGAUUACGCCGACAAGCCCCUGGAGAAGCCCCUGAAGCUGGUCCUCAAGGUCGGAGGAAGCGAAGUGACUGAGCUCUCGGGGUCCGGCCACGACUCCAGCUACUACGAUGACAGGUCCGACCACGAGCGAGAGAGGCACAGAGAGAAGAAGAAGAAGAAGAAGAAGAAGUCCGAGAAGGAGAAGCGUCUGGACGACGAGGAGCGGAGGAAACGGAAGGAGGAGAAGAAGCGGAAGCGAGAGCGGGAGCACUGCGACACGGAGGGAGAGGCUGACGACUUUGACCCCGGGAAGAAGGUGGAGGUGGAGCCGCCCCCAGAUCGGCCCAUCCGAGCCUGCCGGACACAGCCAGGCAAGGCCGAAAAUGAGAGCACACCUAUUCAGCAGCUCCUGGAGCACUUCCUCCGCCAGCUCCAGAGAAAAGAUCCCCAUGGAUUUUUUGCUUUUCCUGUCACGGAUGCAAUUGCUCCUGGAUAUUCAAUGAUAAUAAAACAUCCCAUGGAUUUCGGCACCAUGAAAGACAAAAUUGUAGCUAACGAAUACAAGUCAGUUACAGAAUUUAAGGCAGAUUUCAAGCUGAUGUGUGAUAACGCGAUGACGUACAAUAGACCAGAUACCGUGUACUACAAGCUGGCGAAGAAGAUCCUUCACGCAGGCUUUAAGAUGAUGAGCAAAGAGCGGCUGUUAGCUUUGAAGCGCAGCAUGUCGUUUAUGCAGGACAUGGAUUUCUCUCAGCAGGCAGCUCUUCUGGGCGGCGAAGACACAGCUGUUGAGGAACCUGUUCCUGAGGUUGUACCUGUACGAGUAGAAACUGCCAAGAAAUCCAAAAAGCCGAGUAGAGAAGUUCUCAGCUGUAUGUUUGAGCCGGAAGGGAACGCCUGCAGCCUGACAGACAGCACUGCAGAGGAGCACGUGCUGGCGCUGGUGGAGCAUGCGGCUGACGAGGCUCGGGACAGGAUCAACCGCUUCCUCCCAGGCGGCAAGAUGGGCUAUCUGAAGAGGAACGGGGAUGGCAGCCUGCUCUACAGCGUGGUCAACACGGCUGAACCGGACGCUGAUGAGGAGGAGACCCACCCAGUGGACUUGAGCUCACUGUCCAGUAAGCUGCUCCCAGGCUUCACCACGCUGGGCUUCAAAGACGAAAGAAGAAACAAAGUUACGUUUCUCUCCAGUGCCACCACCGCACUUUCAAUGCAGAACAAUUCAGUAUUCGGCGACUUGCAGUCGGAUGAGAUGGAGCUGCUGUAUGCAGCCUACGGAGAUGAGACAGGCGUGCAGUGUGCGCUGAGCCUGCAGGAGUUUGUGAAGGAUGCUGGGAGCUACAGCAAGAAAGUGGUGGACGACCUCCUAGACCAGAUCACAGGUGGAGACCACUCCAGGACGCUCUUCCAGCUGAAGCAGAGAAGAAAUGUUCCCAUGAAACCUCCAGAUGAAGCCAAGGUUGGGGAUGCCCUCGGAGACAGUGGUGGCUCUGUUCUGGAUUUCAUGUCGAUGAAGCCGUAUCCCGACGUGUCUCUGGACAUCUCCAUGCUCAGCUCUCUGGGGAAGGUGAAGAAGGAGCUGGACCCCGACGACAGCCACUUGAACUUGGAUGAGACGACCAAGCUCCUUCAGGACCUGCAGGAAGCCCAGGCGGAGCGUGGUGGCUCUCGGCCCUCGUCCAACCUCAGCUCCCUGUCCAACGCCUCCGAGAGGGACCAGCACCACCUGGGAUGCAGAAGAAAGAUGCCACCUUGCAAGCUGAGCGUAGCCCUGACCAAACAGCAGACCUGCUGGCUUCUGAGUCUUACACUUCCAGCCUCCAGAACGGCAAGAGAUAAGUUUCUGUUCUUUAAAAUGACGCCGUCUGAGCUAUUUUGUUACAGCAGCACAGGGGGACAAAGACUGGGUGUGCAGGAGUGUGUGUGCCGGGGGGUGGGCGUGUGCAAGGGUGUUGGAGGGUGUUUGCCUCGAUUUUUAGACCACACUGGGGCCAGGAUACCUGCAGGUGUCAGGGGACGUUAACUUCAGACCUUGGUGAAUAAAAGCCAGUGUUCCUGAGUUUGACAAGAAAACCUUUGGAAGAGACCCUUAACAGCCACUCUGGGCUACAAGACGGGGCAUUUGUCCCGUCCCUGCCCACCUUCCCGUCCCCGCCCCAAAGGCAGCGUCAGCAGCUGGCCAGCACCAGAGGCACUCAGGAGUCCUUGGAGACCCCCGCCCAGGGGAACUGGAAAUGCCUCGAGUUCUGAGGGGCGGGGCAGCAGGGACAGGAGGGGAUCCUGUUAAACAGACUCACUGGCCCUUCUCAGGAGAAUCCCUUCCUUGGCAUCGGUCCUGGUGAAACUGCCCCGAGUUAAGCCAGUGACCAGUUGAACUGAGCGUACAGGACAGCCAAUGAAACAACUUGCUGGAAUGCGAGGACUCCCUCCGCUUGUGCGAUGAAGGAAAAACGGGGCCGACGCGUUUGCUCAGAACCAGCUCGCUGACAACACAGCCUGAAUGUCACGUGUUUCCUGCCAACUCUGCCCAAAUUUGCCGUGUGGUCCAUGAGGCAGCGUGAGGAGAACCACCCAGGCCCAAGGACUUUCCGGGCCUUCCCUUUCCUUCCAUCUGUCACCCACCAAUCUCAGAAUCCACCCUGAGCCUUUGGCCACAGCAGUGGUGCCUUGAACCCAGCACAGCGCAGGGAGGCCGAUUGAGCAAGACUCCUGUCUCCCUGGGGUCAACUUUCAACAUAAAGCUUUUCUUUCCUCUCCCUGCCGUCAGUGCUGGCAUCUAGUGUUAGGGGCAUCGAGCCCUCUUCGCUGUGUAACAAGGGAGCACUCACGGUGGGCGGCGGGGGCGGCUCUGCUUCAGAGUGCCACGCUCCUGCCCUGCCCUGCCCUGCCCUGCCCUGCCCCGUCCCUGCCAUCCCCUACCCCCGCCCCCACGAGCAGGGCCAGAGCAGCGUCCUACUGUGAGAACGGACUCAGCUGUCCAAACCCGAAGAAUGGACUCCCAGACCUGGAGAACAGCAGUGAGGCUUUUAGUGACGGUUCUGCAAGAUCAGGUGUGGGAGGGGCAGGCACACCCAGCUCUGUCACAGACAAGCCACUGAUCCCCUCGUGUGCGGGCCCCGCGCCCGGUUCCUCAUAGGCUGAGUACCGUGGGGGUCGCCACUGUCUUCCCCGACGUCGCCUGUUAGUUGUUGGGCAGCGGCGUUAGGUGUUUGUUUUAGGGGCGUACGCUGCAUUUUGUUGACCCCACAAGGCACGGCAAUCCCAGUCAGCUCCGGGGCUCUUAAGUAUUUGGCUUCUGACCUACGUCGCUGGCAGGCUGGUAAGAACAGACAAAACGAGCUGUUUUGCAGGCUAGUGAACUUUGACGUUAGACUAAACGACUUUGGUUCAGGUGAGGGCCACUAAGUGGGUGGGAAGGUGGGAGGGCGGGGAGGGGGAGGCCGGCAGCAGGCUGCUUCUGGAGCUCGCUGACCUGAGCACGUUCAAGGCGCCUUGUCCUGGAAAUGGACCACUGUUGAGGGUUUCUUUCACCUGCGCCCGAGUCGGCUUCACGUUUUUCUUCCCUCCUCGUGCUCCUGGCUCUGCUUCAUCCUCCCAACCACCACGGCUUUCUUUAUGAGGUGUCCUGGGUUCCGUGGCUGCCGUGACAACCAGGGACGCCACUCACUUCUCACUUUGGUCUGGAGUGAGCGAUGGCUGAUCGUGCCUUGCUCUUUAUUCCUGACCUGCGAUGGACGUGACGCCCCUUCCUCUUUAUCCCUGACCUGUGAUGGACGUGACGUCCCUUGCUCUUUAUCCCUGACCUGUGAGACAAGGAGCUGAGUUCUGGCGGUGAGGUAAGUGGGGGCUCACCUUCCCGUGUUCCCAGAAGGCAGAUGCGAUCCCUGCACUCCUUAAGGAGUCAAGCAGUAAAUGGAACACAGCAAGACUGUCCAGGACUCAGGCUGUGAGGCUGUGUCUCAUGCGGGGCUCAGAGAAGACGUUUCCACUGGGGAGUAGGGGACUGGGAGGUUUCACCAAGGUAGGGUGGCAUCCAAGGCUCCCCACGGAAGAAGCAUGGCUGAGCAGGCCCUGAGGGGGGUGAGGACACACUCAGGGUCCGGAGGGGGACAAGGACUCGCUCGGCAUCUGGAAGGGGACAAGCUCACGCUCGGGGUCGGGAGGGGGAUGAGGGGUGUGAGGACAUGCUCAGGGGGACCAUAUUGUCAAGGGCAGGGACAGGGUCAGGACAGACUCACGUACCACAGUGUCCUAAAGGCAGGAACGGGGAUGAGGAGGACAGACUCGGGAGCACAGUGUCAUACACAGGUGGGAACAGGGAAGACUUGGGAGGCUUGAGAGGGUGGGGUGGGCACCUGUGUUCUCUGGGGUCCAUGUAGGGCUGGUUCUCACGUGCGGUGUUGUAGAGGGAGGCCCAGUCAGAAAAGGGGGCUGUCGCCCCAUUCACAGAUGGGGGCAGACAAGAGGCGCCUGGGUCCACCACGCAGGAUUGUGCUGCAGCCCUGGGCAGCACAGUGAGUUCCUCGGGCAUCGGUCCGGUGUCAUAAAACGGUGGGGGGUGGCAACAGCCUCAAUCAUGCCAACUUCCCGAACCCACCAUGCAGCACGGCAAGUUCCCUGGGCAUCGGUGUGGCAUCAAUCAUGGGGCGCCCAUCUAGCCUCAGCUAUGCCAACUUCCCAAACCCAACGUUACAUGUCUUCUGUGUCAAGGCACACAGAUGUUCCUUUCGCUUGAAUUGUGUGUGGGAGUGUGUGCACUGUGUGGUGUGUGUGGUAUU